AUGUUGUUGGUCCCUUCUUCUCUUCGUCUCUUCUUCCUCUUCCUCUUGUUCUCUUCUUGUUUCUUGCACAUUAGAGCUGCUGGCGACGAUGACGACGGUGAUGAAGACGGUAUCAAAGUCGACCCGAGUCUAAAGUUCGAGAACCCGAGUCUUCGUCAAGCCUACAUUGCUCUUCAAUCAUGGAAACAAGCUAUUUUCUCUGACCCUUUUAACUUCACAGCUAAUUGGAAUGGCUCUGAUGUUUGCUCCUACAAUGGUAUCUUCUGUGCUCCUUCUCCUUCUUCUCCCAAAACCAGAGUUGUUGCAGGCAUUGAUCUUAACCAUGCCGAUAUGGCUGGCUAUUUACCUCCUGAGCUCGGUCUCCUCACUGAUCUCGCUCUCUUCCAUCUCAACUCAAACCGGUUCUGUGGUCAAGUCCCUAUCACCUUUAAACGUAUGAAGCUUCUCUACGAGCUUGAUUUGAGUAACAACCGGUUCGUUGGAAAGUUCCCUAAUGUUGUCUUGUUCUUGCCUUCACUCAAGUUCUUGGAUCUCCGGUACAACGAGUUUGAAGGUGGGAUCCCUUCAAAGCUUUUCGAUAAAGAGCUAGACGCGAUUUUCUUGAAUCAUAACCGGUUUCGGUUUGGUAUACCGGAGAACAUGGGAAACUCUCCGGUUUCUGUUCUGGUUCUCGCGGAUAACGAUCUUGGAGGGUGUAUACCGGGAAGUAUCGGUCAAAUGGGGAAAACUUUAAACGAGAUCAUCCUCUCUAACGAUAACUUAACCGGUUGCUUACCGCCACAGAUCGGGAAUCUCAAGAACGUGACGGUUUUCGACGUCAGUUUCAACCGGUUAAGCGGUCCGUUACCGUCGAGCGUCGGGAACAUGAGGAGCUUGGAGCAGCUCAAUGUUGGUAACAACAGGUUCACAGGUGUGAUUCCGAGCAGCAUUUGCCAGCUGUCUAACCUCGAGAACUUCACUUACUCUUCCAACUUCUUCACCGGCGAUGCUCCGAGAUGCGCGGCGCUUUCGGGAGACGACGUGGCAGUUAAUGGUUCGAUGAAUUGUAUCGCCGGUAAAGAACGUCAGAGAUCGGUUAGAGAGUGUUCUUCUUCUGCUUCACGUCCUGUUGAUUGUAGCAGAUUUGGAUGCAACAAUAUGUUUUCUCCUCCUCCACCACCGUCUUUUAAGAUGUCACCCACCGUACGAGUACUUCCUCCGCCGCCUCCGUCCUCCAGGAUGUCGCCUACCUUUAGAGCAACACCGCCGCCGCCUCCGUCUUCCAAGAUGUCGCCUACGUUUAGAGCUACUCCGCCACCACCGCCUUCUUCGAAGAUGUCGCCUUCUGUCAAGGCUUAUCCUCCUCCACCGCCUAAGUAUGAGCCAUCGACGCCUCCUCCUCCUCCUUCUUCCGGAAUGUCGCCUUCUGUUAGAGCAUACCCUCCACCACCACCACCACCACCAUCUUCUUCUCCGCCAUAUAUCUACUCAUCUCCACCACCACCGCCGCAAUAUCAGCAAAGUCCUUCGCCGAGUGAACAUUAUCCAUCACCUUCACCACCUUAUUACGAAUACACGUCUUCUCCGCCACCGCCUACUUACUACGCCGUUCAAUCUCCACCGCCACCACCACCACCCGUUUACUACCCACCAGUAACAGCAAGCCCUCCACCUCCACCACCGGUCUACUAUACGCCAGUUACACAAAGCCCGCCACCUCCACCACCGGUUUACUAUACACCGGUUACACAAAGUCCACCACCACCACCGGUUUACAAUCCUCCGGUAACACAAAGCCCUCCACCUCCACCACCGGUUUACUAUACGCCUGUCACACAAAGCCCACCACCACCACCACCGGUUUACUAUACGCCGGUAACACAAAGCCCUCCACCUCCACCACCGGUCUACUAUCCUCCUGUAACACAAAGCCCUCCACCACCACCACCGGUUUACUAUCCUCCCGUAACACAAAGCCCACCUCCACCACCACCGGUAUAUUAUCCUCCGGUAACUCAAAGUCCACCACCACCACCUGUCUACUAUCCUCCUGUAACACAAAGCCCACCUCCACCACCACCGGUAUAUUAUCCUCCGGUAACUCGAAGUCCUCCACCACCACCACCAGUUUACUAUCCACCAGUAACACAAAGUCCUCCACCGCCACCACCAGUUGAGUACCAUCCACCGGCAUCCCCAAACCACUCUCCACCACCACCACCGAAGGGAUGUAACGACGGUCCAGGUAACGACCAUCACUACCAAACAACAACACCACCUUCUCCACCGCCUCCAUCCUACGAGGACACACCUCUUCCGCCAAUCCACGGUGUCUCUUAUGCGUCUCCUCCUCCACCAUCAAUCCCAUACUACUAA